UUAACAGCUGUUGAGUUAAACCAGAGGUUUCUCUCACUGGAGGAUUAGCUGUUACUGCUGGUGAUCAAUGGUGACAAGCUCCCCACAGAAGCCUAUUCAUUUCUGAAGGGAUACCCGGAAAGGCUGUGGGACAAAAUGGAUUUUGAUAUGUUUUCGGGUGCGUUGUUUCCCGGUUUUAUUCCGGUCCAGGAACAGACAAAUCUACAGUUUCAAGUGAGGACUGCAACAGCAUCACGACAUCCUCCACGGCGUCUUCCCCUGAUUGUGUUUGUCAUUGCAUUUGGCGUCAUCUGCCUAAUCUGUGAGACACUCCGAUCCUACAUCAUCUCCCAGGCCCUGACCCUAGAGCAACAUUUCAAUACCCAACUCAUUGUCUUUGAAGACAUUAGCUACCUUGUCGCCAUUUUGUUUUUUGGGAUCUAUGGUCGCACUGGAAUUUCAAACAUUCCGCGUUUCAUAGGAACAAGCAUUGUCAUCUACGGUAGUUCUGGGGCUAUGUUCGGCGUGUUUUACUUGUUCCUCCCCGUUAUUGGCGACAACGUCGGCCACGACACGACUGUGCACAAAGCAAGGUUGUGUUUGCCUGAACAGAAAAACGAUGAAACGUUUUAUCAAGAUGGCCGCUUGACCGGAACCGGAAAUAGUGUGUGGGUUGCUGUCUUCUUCGCUCUGAUGAUGAUGGUGCAGGGUGCAGCUCAGCCUGUUAGGUUUAUUCUCGGUUCCCCGUUUAUUGAACAUAACGAAGCAAGCAGGACCAAGGCUACUCUAUAUAGUGGAAUAUUACUUCUGGUGAAUUUCUUCUGGCGCCCUGUGGCUUACGUGAGCGCUGCAGUGUACAGCAACACGUCACUGGACAAUACAGUAGCAUCCAAGUGCCUCGCUGACCCCUCUUGGUUAGGGGCGUGGUGGAUCGGGUCACUGACGGCGGUAUCUGCCGCUCCCCUCUGCAUCUACACCUGGGGCAAGAACCCGCUCCCGGGGCAACCCUGUCGAGUGCGGGGCAGUAGGGCAGGGGUGACCCUUAGAGAGAAGCUCAUAGAUCUCCCUAGAUGUGUCUAUCUGCUGUUGACCAACUGUGUGUUUGUCAUCCUGCUGGUAGGCAUCAGCUGUGUGGCCAUGUUCCUAGGGGGAUCAGCGGGUCAUGAGGCUCGGUAUAUGGAGGCCCAGUUUGGUCUGCCGACACGCCCGGCCUAUCUCAUCACAGCGCUCAAGCUUCUGGUUGUAUUGUUAGUGGGUACUAUAGGCGGCGCUGUAAUCCUGGCCCUUCUCAAACUGAACAACAAGGGAUGUCUGAAAUUUGCUACUGUCGCCAUGGCAACGGCAACGAUAACAUUCUCGCUUCAACUUAAGCUUGGUUGUGAAAACCCGGAUGUCAUCGGGCUUGGUGAGCAGAGGGUCGGAAGUCCUUCAGGGGACUGCGCAUGUGACGUCACUGAAUACUUUCCCCUGUGUGGUGAGGAUGUUCGAAGCUACAUUUCCCCCUGUUAUGCGGGUUGCACAAACCAAACAGACACGGCUUACAGUGGAUGUUUGGGCAUCCCCGGGGGUGAAGGCGUGGCCGGCCUCUGCCCCAGGGAGUGCUCCUACCUGUGGUACUACGUAGGUGCCAAUGUGAUGUCUGGCCUGUGUGCAGUUGCCGCCAGUGCUGCAGUCGUCCUGACGAUAACAAGGUGCGUGGCACCAACGAGGCGAACUAUGGCUCUUGCUCUCACUGGCUUUUCCUGUUGUCUAGUCGCAUGGCUUUCAUCUGCAACCAUGUACAAACCAGUGAUUGCCAGCACGUGCAAAAUCAGGGACCAGUCACGUGACCAUCCUGGCGCAUGCGCAUUGUAUGACCUGCCGUCACUCAGGAGCAGUGAGAAACGAUUAGACCUUUGUCUGCAAGCGUGCGCUCUGCUGAUGUUCAUCAUAGCCUACCUGCUGCAGGGGUCAAAACUAGUGGAUCAUCCAGAAAAAGAUGUUUGGGAUGAGGACCGGGAGGUUGAACCCGUUGACCUUUGAACCUAUUGCACAGUUGAGAAGCACGUAUAGACUGCAGUGCUAGUGUUUUAUGAUGUUCUACCCCGUAAAAAAUCAUUGCACGGCGUUAUAACAUUUCACGUGCGGUCAAAGAUGACUGAAACAACCUCGACCUUGUGUGACCUUGUAAUCCAGCGUUUCGUCAUCCAUGACUCCUUCGACGCUUUGCAAAAUGCCAUCUGUUGAAUAUGGUAUUUAUGAGUAUUUUUAGCAUAUGAUUGUGCGUAUUUUAGAGAGACGAAUCAAAUGACAUUUGAAGACAUUCGCAAGGAGCAAUUAGAAUCAUUUAACCACUUUACACAUGAUUCAUGUUUUCCAACAUUCACGCAUUAUAUGUCCCACCUACUCGACAUCUUAGCGAAGACUGCCCACCAGCUCUGUCGACGUCCCGGUAUAUUCCUAUCUGCCAGAUAAUGUCGUUAAUGAAGUACUGUAAGCGGAUUGUCUCGAAGAGUACAUUCUAGUUGCAUAUAUAUCACUUUUUAUUCCAGGCAAUAUUAAAUGCAUCAGUACGUCAGUUGCAUUGACCAAGAGCUUUUGAAGAUAUUUAUCAAAACAUUUCAAGAUCAGACACGGCUGACUGAUCAAUGGCAAUGGUUAAACAUCCACCCUCCUUUCCAGUUGUGUACAUGAGUCGCUGUGUUAUAACCUUCUAAAUGUUACACUUCACUUGUGAAACGUGGCGCAUGUGCAUGCUACAAUUUGUUAUCCGAAAUUUAUAUAUAUUUUACAGACGCUUCUAUUAAUUCAAUUCAAUUGGAUCGUGGCCACACGAACUUGUAUUAGAGUUAUGUCCCUUUGACUGUGUUUUAUUCGUAGCUGUUGCGUCUUAUUGUUAAACGGUGUAUAAACAUAUGUAUUCAUU